AAAAACAAUACCAGUUCUUCACUUCUGACCCUCCGAUCGUCACCAGCCAAAAUUUCUUCCCCAGCAGCUGCCGGAAAAGUGAAAUGCAUCGGCAUCCUCUUCCUGGAUCUGCUCUUAUCCAUUGAGAGAGAGAGAGAGAGACAGAGAUAGAGAGAAAGGAUGGACAUACUGUUCGCGCAGAUACAGGCGGACCUCCGGUCGAGCGACGCCUUGCGGCAGACGGGGGCUCUGUUGCAGGCCCUUCAGCAAUGCGCAGCCGGGAGAGACAUCUCCUCUCUUGCUCGCUGCGCCUGCGAGGAGAUCAUCGCGUCCCCAGCCUCGGCCGUCUGCAAGAAGCUGGCCUUCGAUCUCGUCCGCUCCACCCGUCUCACUCCUGAACUCUGGGACAUCGUCUGCAGGGGCCUUCGCAACGACCUAGACUUCCCGGACCCCGACGUUGCCGCCGCCUCCAUCUCUGCCCUCGCGUCCGUUCCUUCCUACCGUCUGUCUGCCUUAAUUCCGGAGUGCACCAAACAGAUCUCCGCCGCCCUAAUCUCUGAUAGCCCCACCCUGCGCCGCUCCACCACCGAAACCUUGGGCUGCAUCCUUGCCCGCGACGAUCUUGUCACCCUCUGUGAGUCAAAUGUCAACCUUCUCGACCGCGUCACGGGCUGGUGGCGCCAGAUCGCCGCUAACAUGCUCGACGCCUCCGACGCGGUCUCCAAGGUGGCCUUCGAGUCCGUCGGGCGCCUUUUCCAGGAGUUUUCCUCCAAGCGAAUGAGCCGCCUCGCGGGCGACAAGCUCGUCUCCAGCGAGAAUUCCCUCGCGAUCCGUUCCGGCUGGGUCGCUGCCAUGGUUGUGUUCGUUUGGGCCAAGCGGAAUCAGCUCACGGCCAGGUCCCUAGUCCUUCCGGUCGAGAGCUUCCGCGCUAGCGUCUACCCGAUUGUCUACGGCGUUCGUGCUGUUGCCUCUGGUGCAUCCGAUGCCCUUAAGAAACUUUCCAAGAGCGGGGGAGAGGCCAAAUUGGGGACUGCAGAUCUGGACUCUAACGCCGAAAGGGUCGUCGGUGUCUCGGAUGUUGUUUCCCACUUGGUUCCUUUCCUCACAUCUUCAUUGGAUCCGGCAUUGGUCUUCGAGGUUGCGAUGAAUCUGCUCUCCCUAGCUGACGUGCCUGGAGGAAAGCCUGAAUGGGCGUCGAUGUCGAUAAUCGCCAUCCUCACCCUCUGGGAUAGACAGGAGUUCUCUUCUGCGAGAGAGAGCAUUGUUAGGGCCGUGGUCACCAACCUUCAUCUGCUUGAUCUUCACAUGCAGGUCUCAUUGUUUAAAAGGUUAUUGGUAAUGGUUAGAAAUUUAAGGGCAGAAUCUGACAGGAUGCAUGCCCUAGCUUGUAUUUGCCGUACUGCCCUUUGUGUUGACCUUUUUGCUAAGGAAAGUGUAAGAAGAGGUCAGAAACCUUUGGCUGGAACUGAUAUUGCAUCACUUUUUGAGGAUGCUAGGAUAAAAGAAGACCUAAACAGUAUUACUAGUAAAAGUUUGUUUAGGGAGGAACUGGUGGCUUCUCUUGUGGAAAGUUGUUUUCAGCUAUCUCUUCCACUUCCUGAACAGAAGACUUCUGGUAUGGAGAGUAGAGUUAUUGGGGCCUUGGCCUAUGGAACUGGUUAUGGUGCACUAAAUUGGACAGAGUCUGCACUAGAAGUUGUGGAGGUUUGUAGACCAUGUGUGAAGUGGGAUUGCGAAGGACGAACCUACGCCAUCGACUGCUAUUUAAAAUUGCUUGUACGACUCUGCCAUAUUUAUGAUACCAGGGGAGGAGUAAAAAAGGUCAAAGAUGGAGCUUCACAGGAUCAGAUUCUAAAUGAAACCAGGUUACAGACACUGCAAAGAAUUCUUGUAAAAGAUUUGCGUGAGGUUAAUACUUCACGAAUAUGUGCACGUCUCCUUUGGGCUAUAGCUGAGCAUUUUGACCUUGAAGGUCUAGAUCCCCUUCUUGCUGAUGACCCGGAAGAUCCAUUGAACAUCCUGAUAUCAAAUAUUCAUAAGGUAUUGUUCAACAUAGAUUCAUCGGCAGCGACUACUACAAAUAGACUUCAAGAUGUGCAAGCAGUUCUACUGUGUGCAAAAUCUUUAGGAUCUCGUCAUCCUAGAGCAGGGCAACUUUUGACAAAAGAACUUGAGGAUUUUCGGAGUAGCAAUGUAGCAGAUGCUGUCAGCAAGCAUCAGUGUCGUCUAAUAUUGCAGACCAUUAAGUACAUAACUAACCACCCUGAAAGCAGGUGGGCAGGAGUUGGUGAAGCGAGGGGAGAUUAUCCAUUUAGCCAUCAUAAGCUUACUGUACAAUUUUUUGAAGCUUCUGCAGCUCAGGACCGAAAGCUAGAAAGCUUGGUUCAUAAGGCCAUCCAGGAGUUGUGGAGUCCAGAUCCAAGUGAGCUUAUGCUUUUGCUAACGAGGGGCAUUGACUCUGCUUUUCUAAAGGUGCCACCUAGUGCUUGUACCCUAAGUGGCAGCAGUGAUCCCUGUUUCGUUGAAGCCUAUCAUCUAUCUGACUCAGUUGAUGGAAGGAUUACUCUUCACCUAAAGGUUCUCAAUUUGACUGAACUGGAGCUUAACAGAGUUGAUAUCCGAGUGGGGCUUUCAGGUGCAUUGCAUUUUAUGGAUGGUUCUCCUCAAGCAGUGAGGCAACUGCAUCAUCUUGUCUCUCAGGAUCCAAUCCUCUGCAGUGUAACUGUUGGUGUUUCCCAUUUCGAACGCUGUGCUCUCUGGGUCCAGGUUUUAUACUAUCCAUUUCAUGGAAGUGGAGGUGCAGGCGACUAUGAUGGUGACUAUCCAGAUGAGGACCCUUCUCAAAUCAUGAGACAGAAGAAGACAUUAAAGCCAGAGAUUGGAGAACCAGUUAUUUUACGUUGUAUGCCUUACAAAAUUCCUUUGACAGAACUCAUGCUGCCCCAUAAGUGUUCUCCAGUUGAAUAUUUCCGCUUAUGGCCGAGUUUGCCUGCCAUACUAGAAUAUUCAGGUGGAUACACAUACGAAGGGAGUGGUUUUAAAGCUACUGCUGCUUUACAGACUGGGGCUCCUCCUUUCCUGAGGGGGCUGAAGUCGCUUUCUUUAAAGCCUUUCCACCAAGUUUGUUCCCAUGUUCUCAGGACUGUUGCAGGAUUUCAACUCUGCUAUGCUGCCAAGACCUGGUACGGUGGAUUUGUGGGUAUGAUGAUAUUUGGUGCCAGUGAAGUAAGUAGAAACGUAGACUUUGGGGACGAGACUACUGCAAUGCUGUGCAAGUUUGUGAUAAGAGCCUCUGAUGCUUCCAUAAUAAAAGAAAUAGGUUCUGAUUUGCAAGGCUGGUUAGAUGACAUUACGGAUGGGUGCGUUCAAUACAUGCCUGAGGAUGAAGUAAAAGAAGCAGCUAUUGAGCGAUUAAAAAUCUCAAUGGAAAGAAUAGCAAUACUAAGAGCAGCACAACCUCCACCUCAACCUCCCAAGGAUAGUGAUGAUGAUAAUGAGAAAGAAAAGGAAGACGCUGAGAAGAAGCCUAAGGAACCUUCAACUUUAUCAGAGUUGACGGCAGAAGAACAAGAACACCGUGCCCUUCAGGCAGCGGUUUUGCAAGAGUGGCACAUGUUGUACAAAGAUAGAGCAACUAAAGUUCAUUAAGAAACUUCAAGGGUCACUUUCUGUUGUAGUUCACAUUUCCUUCUCUAUAUUCGUAAGCUUAUGGUGCUUCUUGUUCUUGCUGUCUGAAGAUGGAUAUCCUGCAAGUGGUGCAAGCGAACCUACGGUUAGUCACUCGCCGAGUUUAAGUGUGCAUCUUCAAACAGCUUGUGCUGCUUAAUGCACUUCUGAUUGGCUGUGUACAUUCAGAUCAAGAAAAACUCUUGGGCUUCCAGAUCAUAACAGAUGUAUAAAGAACCAGAUGCUGCCCCUUGCGGACCAUUGUCUGCUGGUCGGCUAGUUCUUCGAACAACUGUCCCUAGUUGUCCCUAUUCUUUUUUUUUUUUUUCCCACUCCAUGUGAAGUCCCAUCCCGUAUCUAGAGAGGUUUAAGUAUAUUCUUGUUUUCCAAGUGAUGGUUCAAUGGGUCCCUAUUUUGUUACUUUUGAGGUGUACCUGGUUUGUCGGCCGUGGCUAGGCCUGCUCUUGGUCUUUGUUUUUCUUAAUUUUCCUCGUCUAAACGGAUUGCUUCUCUA